GAUUUGUGUCGUAGCUGGAAAGCACCCUGUAUUCAUCGUGUGCUUCUCAACGAACUUUAUCAUACUAUGUAAAGAGGGCGUUGACAAGCUCUUCAAAAUUUCUCGCGAACUCGAGAAAAUCCCUGCAAGAUCGACCAUUAAUAAUUAUCUGUUGUGUUUUAUGUCAUUACUGGUCAUUACACGCGAUCGUUGUAUGUACAAUCGUACGCGGACGCAACGGCUUGAUAUGAUAUUUUGUUGUUCGCUAAAACAGUUGGAAAUCGCAUAUUUUAGUCUGGUUAGGGAUUAGAAAUCGUGUUUAUUUUGUCAAGUAUGGACUAUAAGGAUGAGCAGCGUAACGAGAUCGAGGCUUUGGAGUCGAUUUAUUGCGGGGAGUUGGAAAUUUUAGCGACGGAACCGUUUUAUGUAUUUGCCAUACCAAUCAAGACAGAGGAGUAUGAACCAGAAACUGUUAAUGGUCUCAGUUGUCGAUUAGAAUUUACAUAUACGUCCAAGUAUCCAGACGAGCCACUACUCAUAUCAAUUGUGCAGCAAGAGAAUUUCGAGGAUGGAGAUGAUGAGAAAUUAAAGGCACAUCUAAUAGAACAGAUGAAUGAAAAUCUUGGAAUGGUAAUGGUUUUUACACUGGUCAGUGCAGCUCAAGAAUGGCUCAAUGUACAGUGGGACAAGAUAAAACUGAGAAGAGAAGAGACUGCGGCACAAAAACUGAAGGAGGAAGAGGAGGCAGAAAGGAGACGAUUUGAGGGAACUCGCGUAACUGUGGAAUCUUUCCUAAGUUGGAAAGAAAAAUUUGAUGAAGAAAUGGGCUACACGAAACGGAGAGAAUUGGCGGAUCGCGAGGGCAAAAAGUUAACAGGCAGAGAAUUAUUUAUGACCGACAAGACGUUGGAUCAGUCGGAUCUUAAAUUCUUAGAUGAUGGUGAUGCUGUAAAAGUAGAUGAGAGUUUGUUCCAAAACCUAGACGAUUUGGAUUUAGAUGAUGAGGAUGACCCAGACUAUGAUCCAAAUAUCUCGGAUGAUAGUGCCUAAACAAGCUUGAUUCAGUAGCCACCAAAGUUACAUGUAGAAAAAAUUAAAUUUGAGAAAUUUACUAAAUUAUUACAAAGGGAAAAAGGAAAAAUGAGUAAAAUGUAAAAUCGCACCCUUGCGAAAAAAGUGAUACAAAUUGAAAAUAGUCCUUGUUCAAGGAGGAAAAAAAAAUUGUAUAUCUUAAUUACGAAUCUUAAUUAUACAUUAUUUACGACAGAAUUAAAUUAAUUUAAUUAAUAAGUCAAACGAUUUAGAGCUAAUUAAAAACUGCUCGUUCAAGUUUUCUAAAAGUAAUGUAGAUAUUUUAUUGUAACAUUAUAUUAGACCUUAAAAAUCAUACUUUUUGACGCGCGUCAUUUUUCCCGUUUUUUUUUUUUUAAUGACUUGCGAUUUUUCUUGCGGGUAUGCGAUAUACUGAAAUAUAUAUUUUAAGUUCUAGAAUUUCUCUUGCAAGCUCUUAAUGCUGUAUUUAGUAAAAAAUGUCAGUGAUAAAUGAGUCAUCAAUGGUUGAAACAGAAAACAUAAUAUUUCUUCAACCAGUUUUAUUAGAAGAUAAAUCACACAAUGGAAUAUUUAAGGAAUGAAAUAAUUUUUAUACUUAUGUAUAUAUAAGUUAUGUUUAUAAGUUUUGAAUUAUAUUAAAAAACUUA